AUGCAUCUCUGCCGCAGUGAGAUCGCCCGGCGUGGAAUCGUUGCGUCGUUGCAUCGUGUGCGUGAGGGAGAUCACAUGACAGUGCGCGAGUGGCUGCAAGUUCUACCAGCGCCUUUUCUGCUGCGGAUCUGCGUGGAGCGGAUCGUCAGAUUCGAAGCCUCGCCGAUGCCGACAAUUUCGAGGCUGAAUCCUUCAGAAAUGUCCCAUUCCAGUGGAAGCAUCUGUGCUGCGUCUCAGGCCGCGUUGUCUCCUGGGCGGUCGCCUGGCCUGGCCACAGCGCUGAGGCUCAAGGCUUUGGACUUCCGCUGCGCGCAGCCUCUGCCUCUGCCGGUCGACAAGGUCAUGUCCGCAGAGAUGCGGGAGUGCAAUUACGGACUUAUCAUGAACAUCCACACGAAG